UCCCACCUUCAACGCCACGUGCGCUUCUCCCUCCACCUCUCUCUCUACCCACAACGCGCCAGAGGCAACCCCCCUCUCCUCGCUCGCGGAUCAUUCCCCGGUCGAUCGGCGCAUCCGUACCGCACGCAGCCGUUCUGUUCGUCGGUUUGGCGGCGACGCGGCGGAAGUACGAGGUACCUACCUACUCCAGAAACAAACUCUGCUUUCCUCUCCUGUCUUCCUCUGCAUUGGUCUCCGGCCGUCCAUGCGUUUUCUCUAGCUGCCUCCCCGACCGAUCCAGCAUCGCAUCUGUGGAGUUCUUGCAAUCAAGCUCCCGGAGCAGGACGUCGGUGAUCAGCAGCAUCCUUGCCUCUAAAUGGCCGAGGAGGUGAUCAAAGAGGCUAUGACUUCAACUCCUGCAUCAGCUGAGUUGAAGAAACAAGAUCUCCCGAUAAAUACCACUGCAAUUACAGAUGGCAACAGUGUGCCACCCUACCUCAGGAGGAAAGAGAAGCCAGUUCCACAUUACCAGAGACCGUCCACUGGCUCUUGCCAUGACAACUGCAAACUUGAUAUUCAUCAUUCUUCCGAGUCUAAGAAAUGCUCGCCUGUUCGUGGCUGGCGUCAGGACCGCGCGAACUCCAGGAAUGGAACGCAUGACCUGCCUGUAGUCAUCCCACAAGGAGACAAAGCAAGAAACAAGAGUCAGACGCUGAAGAUUUCUCAUGUAAAAGAUGGCGCUGCUCCUGCUAAACCUGUACUUACCAAGCAGAAUCCACCACUGAAAGGAGUACCUGAUCUUCCUGAAAGCGCUCCAUGUGUACAGUUGUUAUCAGAUGAAGCAUCUGAAACUGUUGUGGCUAGAAACCAGCAAACUAGUGCGAAGUGCCUCGUCAUCCUACUGGAUGAUUUGUCGAGCUGUGGAGAUGGACAGUUGUCAGAGAGAGCUGUAAGCAUUGAGCUGGAUAUGCCGUUGGCCAUCCAGGACAGCGAUCAGUCUGACGAUCAUAGUACGGAUCAUUCCGCAAAUGAAUCUGUAAGUUCAGAGAAAAUGAGUAAGCAGACUGUGAUGGCACCGGAGAAGGACGUGACUAAAUCACAGAGUUUCUCCCAGGAGGCUGUGAAAACGAACAGGAAAGCAACAUCAAGUAUAACCAAGAGUACUAUGUCAAAGCAGAAAAGAGAAAUAACUUCACAUCAGAAGGCUGCAGGUACAUCAGCUGGAAGCGCCAAUAGGCCAAGGACAACGGCAGAAAAUGGAGAUCCUAGUGCUACUAGUACUAACAAGUUCAGCAGGGAGAGGAAACCCAACUCGAUUGUCGCAUCUACUCUUCCAAGAGUGAAGAAAGUCAAAGCGCCAUCACCAGCUAGCGUGAUGGAUUCGUCUGCCAAACCGGCUACAAAUAAACAUGCUCCAUCUCCAUCACCUCCUUCAGGGAAGCAGAAUGAAAGAAAGAUUACGCUGAAUAAUGUUGUCAGGAAUGCUCAACUUAGGCAAAACAAGGGAGAAGAGAAGGUUACAUUGAGUCCACUGAAGCUGUCUCGUUCUACAAUGAGGGCAGUCAGGAAAGAAACUUGUGCUUCCCCAGUGAAGAUUAAGAAGGUUUAUGCGAUAGAAAGUUCUUCUGAGUGCAAGGAUAAAAUAUCAAAGACAGCUUUGCAAAAAAUACGAAAACCAGAUGUUAGCAACAAAGAGAGGCAAUCUCGCAAAGAACAUGAGGCUAUUGCAAAACAUGAAAGUGCAGGAAGGCCAAAGAUAGCAUCCACACCCUCAGGUGUCAUCAUGAAGUCGCCUCGCAUGCUGAAGUUUCACCGUGGCAAGGUGCUGAACCUUGGCAGCAACUCUGACAACAGCACUCCCAGACGUGUACAGUUCAGGCCUGCAGAUGCUACAGCUGAAGGCAACAGAAGCAAGUAUCCUGCCAGACGCAGAACCACCAAGAACAAUGAAGGUAAAGCUUCUGCUGCAUCAAAAGAUUCAGGUGCUUCAAGAGCUGAAGUUGUUGUCCUGAGGCGUCAGGAUGCCAAUGACAAAAAGAAGAGCGAGCCGCGAUUAUUCAAUAAUGUGAUCAAAGAGACUGCGAGCAGGCUCGUCGAGGCAAGGAAGAGCAAAGUGAAGGCCCUCGUUGGAGCUUUUGAGACAGUGAUUUCGCUUCAAGGUAAAAAGCAAGGCAGACCCAGCAUUUCCUGACCUAAAGCUGGCCACGUAAAAAUCUAGUAAAUGUGGGGGUCUCUGGAGUUUCGAUGUUAGAGGUUUCCAAUUGGAGUUUUUGUGCACAUUACUUUGCUUUCUGUUCACAGGCGUACAGAUGAGAAAAUUCACCAAAUAAGGAUAAUUUAGUGUGGUGGUAUACUAAACUAAACUUUGUUUCGGUUUACCUAAUUCCAAGAGAGAUUUGACAAAAUUGCCUUUUA